CCCAACGUUCGAAACUUUGCAAUCCCAAAACCCUAGAGCCCAAUUCACUGUUUGGGGCCGAAGAAAUUACGAAGAUAAAAUCAAUGUCAGAAAAUCUUAAGCACCCACUCGAACUAGAUAGCAUCAGUAGCUCCCAAUUUCCCCAAAGGCCUCCAAAGGUCUCCAAAACCGCCGACGAUCUCAGCGACGGCGAUCAGGAAUCACAGCAACCUCAACGGAUGAGCCAACAGGCUCGAAUCCAGCGGUAUCUACUGGCAAUCGAGUACAUUGGUACUCGCUUUUCGGGCUCGCAGCAGCAGUCCAAUUGCCGCACAGUUGUUGGAGUCCUUGAGGAGGCAUUUCGUAAAUUUAUUGGCCAGCCGGUUUCAAUUUUCUGUUCCAGUCGAACUGAUGCAGGAGUUCAUGCCUUGUCGAAUGUUUGUCAUGUAGAUGUCAAUCGCAUAAGCAAAAGGAAGCCUGCUGAAGUGUUAGAACCCCAUGAACCUUCAGUUGUCAAAAGAGCUGUGAAUCAUUUCUUACAGAAGAAUGAAGGUGAUGUAAUGGUGAUAGAUGUUCAAAGUGUUCCAGCUGAUUUUCAUGCUCGAUAUAAAGCCCAAGAGCGCACGUAUUUCUACCGUCUUCUGUUUGGACCAGAGCCUUUGCCAACCUUUGAAAAAGACCGCGCAUGGCAUGUACCCAACGAGCUGGAUCUUUGUGCUAUGCAGGAAGCAUGCAAAGUUUUGGUUGGACAUCAUGAUUUUAGUUCCUUUAGGGCAGCAGGUUGUCAGGCAAAAUCGCCGAUCAGAACGUUGGAUGAACUUAAUGUUUCUGAGGUAGUGUCAAGUCCUUAUUUUCCAUCAAUAAUGGAGAGGAAACAAAACAAUUUAGUGGAGGAAGAUCCUCAUGCCCACGCUAACAAAUCUGAGACUGGUACAUCCUCUAGUUUCAAUGGAGGACUAGGAUUUGGCAUGAGAAAAAAGCACCGUUGCUUUGUGGUAACCGCGCGAGCACGUUCUUUUCUGUACCACCAGGUUAGACUGCUUGUUGGUGUACUCAAAUGCGUUGGCACCGGAGAUUUAAGAAUACCUGAUGUUGAGAGGAUCUUGAAUGCAAAGACGGUGACUGCUGCUAGUCCCAUGGCGCCUGCUUGUGGUCUGUACCUUGGACACGUGAAGUACGAUUUGCCAUGAGAUGAAGACGGCAACUCUGUCUGAUGCUUGCGGUGGACUUCUGUGGACUCUUAGAGAAGACAUGUCUUCGGGGUUUGCAUUAAGGGUAAACGUUCUAUGUUUGCACCAGUUCAUGGGACUCUCGCGCGCAACUGCACCAAAGCCGACAGUAAUCCUACAGUGGAUGUUUGUUGAUUCAACUUUCCGGGUUACACCGGGCGCCAAUUUUCACAGCCCACGGUGCAGUCAUUGUCGAUCCAAAUUUCUCAAAAAGUUCAUGAACACGGAAGCAUUUUUAAGCAGUAGAUGUCAAGUUAAUGGUUGUAAAUCGAUGACCAUGUAAACGAUGUUCUAUUUUCCAAACUAAGGAUUGCCUCAUUGCCAAUA